AAGGUGACUUGACAAACUGCAUCUGUACAGUGGUCGUGUGGAAGCUCAGUCAUGUAAACUAGGGCUUCACCCCACAGGCUACAUGCUCAAAGACUCAAACUGCCUUAAGCGCAGUUGACGGAGCAGCUUUCACAAAACAGCUAAGAGAAAUACUCUGAAGUGCAAUGGCACGUACCAAGCAGACAGCCCGUAAAUCCACUGGAGGCAAAGCCCCUAGGAAGCAGCUGGCCACCAAAGCUGCACGCAAAAGCGCGCCCUCUACCGGCGGAGUGAAGAAACCCCACCGAUACCGUCCCGGUACUGUGGCGCUUCGAGAGAUUCGUCGCUACCAGAAGUCCACUGAGCUGCUGAUCCGCAAGCUGCCCUUCCAGCGGCUGGUGAGAGAGAUUGCCCAGGACUUCAAGACAGAUCUCCGCUUCCAGAGUGCUGCAAUUGGUGCCCUUCAGGAGGCUAGUGAGGCAUACCUGGUGGGUCUGUUUGAGGACACCAAUCUGUGCGCCAUCCACGCCAAGCGUGUCACCAUCAUGCCCAAGGACAUCCAGCUGGCACGACGAAUUCGUGGAGAGCGUGCUUAAGUGACUCGUUCUGUCUUUUGGGAGGGGGGGGGGGGGGUGAGGGGCAGGUUCUUAAAUUCAACGAUGUGCUCGCUGUAGUUUUAAGCUUACUUUUUUGUAAUGUUUUGGUUUCUUUUGGUAGUUGCGGUAGGGGAGGGGUCAUCUUGUGGUUCUUGGGCAUGACAGUAUGGUGUAGGUGUCAGAACAUUCCGGGAGCUCCUCUCAGGGUUUUAAAGUUUGUAUUUUAGACUUUGGUAUACCUCUACCUGUACGCUCUAGUCUGCAUGCUACAUGGUGAUUAUUAGGACGUGUUCUUUAUUUCCAUCAUGACUUGCUAUCAUUUUUCUCCAUUGUGGCCAUUUGGUUGUAAAUAAACUUUCCACUACCUCGUG